AUGGACGGAGAGUCUCUACCCUUGAGCACGGGCAACCAGAUAACCAUAAAGUUCACCACGGUCGGCCCGGAGACUGCUAAGGGCUUUCACUUUGUUUACCAAGCUGUCCCAAGGACCAGUGCCACCCAGUGCAGUUCAGUCCCUGAGCCUCGCUUCGGCAAACGGAUCGGGAACGACUUCGCCAUGGGUGCCUCGGUCCUGUUUGAGUGUAACCCUGGAUACGUCCUGCACGGUUCCACCGCCAUCCGCUGUGAGACCGUCCCUGACACCCUGGCCCAAUGGAACGACUCCCUACCCACUUGUGUUGUGCCGUGUGGAGGGACCCUGACGGCACGCAGGGGGACCAUCCUGUCCCCGGGUUACCCUGAGCCCUAUGACAACAAUCAGAACUGCGUCUGGAAGGUUUCGGUGCCCGAGGGCGCUGGAAUCCAAGUCCAGGUGGUGAGCUUUGCUUCCGAACACAACUGGGACUCUCUGGACUUCUAUGACGGAGGUGACAACCACGCUCCUAGACUGGGCAGCUACUCAGCCAUAGGUCUGGAGUCCUGUCCAGAGCCACAGACCCCCAACUAUGGCAUCAAGGUUGGAGAGCGCUACAUGGUUGGAGACGUGGUGCUGUUCCAGUGUGAACAAGGCUACUCUCUGCAGGGGAACGCCCAUAUAACCUGUAUGCCAGGACCAGUSCGGAGAUGGAACUACCCAGUCCCACUGUGUCUUGCCCAGUGUGGUGGCUCCAUGACUGAUGUCAGCGGUGUCAUCCUGAGCCCUGGAUUCCCUGGAAACUACCCCAGUGGAUUAGACUGCACCUGGACUGUCAAACUACCCACCGGCUUUGGAAUCCACCUGCAGUUCCUCAACUUCUCGACAGAGGCCAUCCAUGACUACCUGGAGAUUCGGAGUGGAACUCUGGAGACUGGCACGGUGAUUGACAGGUUCAGUGGACCGCAGGUCCCCAAGUCGCUGUUCAGCACCACCCACCAGACCAGCUUCUUCUUCCACAGCGACUACUCACAGAACAAGCCGGGUUUCCAGAUCACUUACCAGGCCUAUCAGCUGCAGAGCUGUCCCGACCCUCGUCCUUUUCGUAACGGCAUCGUGAUCGGCAGUGACUUCAGUGUAGGCUUCACUGUGUCCUUUGAGUGUCUGCCUGGCUACUCCCUCAUCGGGGACGCUUCUCUCACAUGUCUGCAUGGAAUCAGCCGCAACUGGAACCACCCGGUACCACGCUGUGAAGCUCUGUGUGGGGGUAACAUCACCUCCAUGAAUGGGACCAUCUACUCCCCCGGCCACCCUGAGGAGUACCCCAACUUCCAGGACUGUGUGUGGAGCGUAAGGGUUCCCCCUGGGAAUGGGAUCUACAUAAACUUUACUGUGCUCAGCACUGAACCCAUAUAUGACUACAUCACCGUGUGGGACGGUCCAGAACAGAGCUCCCCCCAGAUCGGUCAGUUCAGUGGGAACACAGCACUGGAGUCUGUCUACAGCACCUCCAACCAGAUCCUCAUUAAGUUCCACAGCGACUUCAGCGGCAGCGGGUUCUUCGUGCUCAGUUACCAUGCAUACCAGCUGAGGAUCUGCCAGGCGCCCCCUGAGGUCGCUAACGCUGAUAUACUCAUGGAGGACGGGGAGCUUGAAAUAGGCAACAUCCUCCAGGUACCGCUCCAUCCGCUUCACCCUUGGAGGUGA